UUUGCACCCCACCUGUGUGGUAAUUGCUCCCCAAGAUCCCAUAUACCUGCUGGCAGGGACAUGGCGUCACGAACAGGAUCUUGGGGUAACAAUUGCUGCCUCCCCUGUCCCUGGAAAGAGGCAAAAACCUCUGGGACAGAGGAAGAUCAGACUAACCAUCUGCAAUAUCACUUGCUGCAAAGUAAGCAGCAGCCUGAAGCCCUGGAGUGGGUCUGCACGAUUGGCAAAGGCCAGAGCUCCAGGGUGUAUACUACCCACCUGGGGCUCACUGAUGUGGGGUGCCUUUUAACUUGUCACCCCACAUUCAGGGCCAGCCCCGCUGAUUCCAGCCUCCGGCUAACCUGCACUAAGGCAGGAGAGCCAGCUGCAGAUUCAAAUCCUACCCGCCUCUGGAGGGAGGUGGGGAGGGUCAUGAAAGCGUGCGGGGGGGCCCCAUCUAAGCUCACCCCUGAACCUCGAAUUUUGCAGGGGUCCCCCACCCACCAGAUAUUAACAGAACUGGUGCAGAAGCUGGAUGAAAUUCGAAAGCCUAAGAAACUGUGGCAUGACAUAUAUAAGCCCCAAAAGGUAGCCACAGUUACCUAUGAGAUCCUGGCUCAGGCCCUUGAUAAACUAACUGUUUUCCAUGGGGCCCUAAUGACCUCGGCCAAGGAUGCCACUAGCCAGCCUAGCCAGGAGGGACCACCACUGACCCCUAGCCUGCCCAGUCCCAAUAAAGCCCCCGAACACCCACCCCCAUAUGUUCACCCAGAGGCCCCACUCCCCCUUGAAAAAACCCCGCUAUACCCCACUCUACCCUCCGCCCCACCAGAUGCCCAAGCCCAUACACCCCCACCCACUGUGACCUCCAGUGAAGCCCUGCCUGUAUCCAUCAGCCGAAUAAAGGUUGAUGGUCAGGGCAACGCCACACAGGUCACAGAACUCCGGCCCCGCUCCAAAGCAGAGAUGAAGGAGUUCAUCUCAGACACCGCUAGGGGAGCCAAUGAGCCACCACUACUGUGGCUAGGCCGCCUGGCCCUGGAACAUGAACAGGAGCUAGUGGAUAGGGAAGAGGGCAUAGUACUAGCCAGGACCAGUAGCUGGUCCCGGGGUCUCUCAGGGAGCCCGGUAAUAUCUGACACCGCAUGGCCCCUGACUGCCCCAGCCCUGGCCUUCCUCCAUUUACAGCACUCCCUUCAAGGGAUCCCUGUCCCCAAAGGAAGUGUCAAGGACCUCUCUUCCCUAAGAUGUGCCAUUGCAGGGGGGUCCAUCAUGCUAUGGUCCCCUGCCCAACACCCUCUAGGACUAACUCAGGCCAGCACCUGGCCAGGGGACCCGCGCCCCUAUUCUUUUAUGUCUUCACAGGAAUCACCUGCCAUGAUUGCCACUCCGCCUCGAGAGAACCCCCUGGUUGCCUGGUUAAAAGCCUACGCCCUGCAGGAGGUCCUCAUCGGGAACCUGUCAGAUGUCCCCUCAUCACAUGAUUGUGUCGCCUGCACAAGACGGGAGGCCUCAGAGGAAGGAUCCCCUUUCCUCUGGAAGUUCCUCUCUCUCAUGAACCUAACCCCACAUUUAACUUUACAGCAAAUCCGUGGACUGUCGUUUGGUCUGGAGGCCCUCGCCAACAUCACAGCCGAAGGGCUUCGUCGAACCAGCGACGCUCUCACAGUCCUAGCCAACUACGCCGAGCAGAACCGUCUUCUGCUCCAGACCAUCCUACAGAAGGACUUUUGUGUUGCCUUGGAGGACCUUGAUCCUUCCUUUAAGGGACAAUGUUGCCUGCGCCUUCAGCCCGGGUGGAACAACAUCUCAGCCGUGGCUAACCAUCUGUCCUCCUUCGCUGUCCAGAUUCGUAAGGAGCGUGAGCAGUGGGAUUGGUGGCAAGCCCAGUGGUCCAGCUGGGGGCUGGGAUCCUGGGCCCAGUCCAUCAAGCAGUGGCUUAUUACUGUGGCUAUUGUUCUUGUGGCCUUUCUGUUGGGGAUGGCAGUGGUCAAGCAGCUGGUUAACAGGGUUGUGUCUGCCCUGCCCUUGCAGGCGAGGUACUCUUCCAUUCCCCUUGACAGCAGCGAACCAUCACCCCUAGAUUACUCAGAUAGUGAGGAUCUGUAACCCUUCUGGCCUUGGUCUUUGCACGGGGCAACCCCCUCACAGCCCGUGAGGGUCGGCCAGGGGGGCAUGUCUGUUACAGCCGCCACCCUGCUGCAUUCCUUUCUGUUUUCCUCUCUGUGUGGCCGCCCCCCCCGGCCAUGGGGCUAGCAAGAGUCAUAGCCUGGCCCUGCUCAGUGGAAUGGCCUUUGCAGACUAACCGGAGC